UUUUCAGUUUUACACUUAUUUCUUCUCUAUUUUUUUUUUUCUGUUUCUUUUUCUUCAGCUGCUGACAAACCGCGAACCAACGUUAUGUUUACUCUUUGCUGGGAGUGUUAAACACACACAGAGGUGAAAGCAAAUAGGAAAGUUGAAGCAGAUCAGAUUUCUGCAUCCACCUACCACUACAGGGGGGAACUGUGACUCUCUCUGCCCCUGACACCCUGCGAUGUGACCAGCCCCGGCUGUGUGCACCCUGUACACCCUGCUGCAUCACAGCAAUCAGCAGCAUUAAGCUUAAUGCUUCUCCUGAAAUGAGGAAAACACAAGUGAGGAUAUGAAUAUUAUUCUUCUGGCUCCGGAGAUGUGAGAAUCAGGAUGCCCCCUUUAAUGGGUUCCAGUAAUAAUUCUCCUUGAAGAUCAUUAGAAAAGUUGCUGCUGGUAAGGCAGUGUAAGAUGAGAACUCUGGGGUUGCCUGGACUUCCCUCUCCUAGAGGUGUGAUGGUCGGGAAUACAGCAAUGGAUUUUCCUGGGGACUGCUAAUUAAAGACUAGUGCAUGCAAUGAGCCACCAGGGACAUCUACGUCUGCAGCAGGAGCGCAUAAGAGGAGACUGAGCAGGCUGCCCAGCUGGAGAACCCUCUCACUCUUCCACACUCACAAGUUGACUUUUAUUGUUUCCUCCCACAUUCAAUUCGAUAUUAUCAGAUGCAGCCACUGCAUGGGCAACCUAAACUCUAUAUAAGAGUCAUCUGGGGCACUGGCAUGGUGCAUACAGCCUGACACAGCUGCUGGGUACCUGCAGACUUACCUAACAGGAGGCUGACACAUUGCCUGCAUUCAGGAGAAGGGAUCUGAUCCACAGUACAGCUACAGACCAGCCAGCAACAUCGCAGGGAACUGGGGAGAUAGACUUCAGGUGUUGGAUGAAAUAUGAGGGAUGUCAUGUACUCUGCCAUGCUGGCUAUCCUGCUUUUAUUGCUCUCAUCUGGAUACUGCAAAGAUAGGACUGACUCCAGCAACCUGACUGACAAAAACCUGCUCAGCUUCAUCAUGAAGAUUAUAAAAAACUUUAAAAAGUAUAACAUGGAAGAGGACAAUGGAGUGCAGUAUGCCUCCAAGCAAGCUUUUUACCCUGAGGAGAAGGAGGACAUUGAUUAUGGUUCUUACCAGGAACAGAGAGUAGAAAUAGUUCCCAGGGACCUUCGGAUGAAAGAGAAGUUUUUAAAACAUUUAACAGGCCGACUUUCCUUCACAAGUCCAAACUGCAAUAAACACUUUCGAAGGCUCUACAACAGCACAAGAGACUGCACCAUUCCAGCACAUUACAAGAGAUGUGCUAGACUUCUGACCAGAUUGGCAGUCAGUCCUAUGUGUAUGGAUGGAUAACGUGAUUUGAUAACAAAGAAGAAAUGAAAAAGAACUUAAGAAAAUAAAAGUGCCUUGGAAACCAACAGGGACAAGUUUAAAAUGUUUCUAGCAUAUUCCAUUGUGAACAAAUACAUUUAUUUUUGCAUAUUGACAGAAUACUGUACUUCCAUUUUUAACAUACAUUUUCUAUGUUGUCCACUCUGUAGGCAGAUGGAUGUUGUGUAUAAUUACUGUAAGUAACCGCCACUAGUACCAAUAAUAGACAGCACUUCAGUCGCACCUAUCAUGCUCACAGCGGAGACAGCCAUUUUGUUCACUGAACCAAUGCUUGUCAAAAUGUCACCUAGCCAGUCACAAGGUCACUUUGGCAUAAUUUACAUAGCAGGUUUACCUCACAAAAUGGCUGUGUCCACUGUUUGUAGACAACCGGACAACUUUUAGCUCCAGUGUUAUGCUGCCAUAAAGACUUGCUGUGACCUUCAUUGGAAUAACUAAUGUUAAUAUUGCAAAAGUUUUGUUUGUAUUCGUGUGUAUCCAAAGACUGUAACAGUUCUGCUUUGCAACACUGGUACAACGAUGUAUGUAAUGCUUAUGCAACGGACAGCAAUGUUUGGUUCAUAUAUAAAUAUUUUUUUAAUCCAACAUGUAAUAUUUAUGAUCACUAACAUUUAGGUCUUAUUUAAUAAUUGCAUGGCAAACGCCUUCUUCAUUGUCUGCGCAGGACAGUGGAUUUUUAUGCAGAGACCAUUAUAUAAAAAUAAGUGCUCACUUUAUGUAAAUUACUGUGGAGACGUUUGUGAGUAAAUAAAUGGGGGACGCAGGUUUGUACAUACCCAGGCUGAUGCCAUUAGUUUUAUGUACAUUACAUGUAUAAAACAUUCCAAGUGACAUGUGCAAUAUGUAAAUAGAUGUAAAUAUUACAAACCUAAUAAAGUGUUUGGUAUAUAUACA